CCCACCAAACAAGUUUCAGAGGAGCUUUGAUGCCGACGAGAUGGCUGCUGCAUGCGGGCAGGUGCAGUGUAAUGAUCCAGGUUCUUCAGACUGUGAUCCAACCAUGAGUAAUUCUCAGAAUCCACCUACUCCUUGCCAAGAGCUUUGCCAAGAGGUCCAAGAGCCUGAGCUGAAGGCACGGGGACAGUGGGGGAGCCGAGUGGAGUUUAUUUUAUCUGUUGUAGGAGGAAUUAUUGGUCUGGGAAAUAUCUGGAGAUUCCCCUAUCUAUGUUACAAAAAUGGUGGAGGUGCCUUUCUUAUUCCAUACAUUAUAUUUCUUAUUACCUGCGGGAUUCCUAUCUUCUUCCUAGAGAUCGCUCUGGGUCAGUAUACUACUCAGGGCCCUGUCACUGCCUGGGUUAAAAUCUGCCCCUUGUUUACCGGCAUUGGGUACGGAACGAUGAUAAUGUCAUUUCUUGUCAAUAUCUACUAUAUAAUAAUACUUGCAUGGUCUUUCUUUUACCUUUUCAAUUCGUUUACCUCCCAUUUGCCCUGGGUCAGCUGCAACCACACAUGGAACACAGAAAACUGCAUGGAAUUCAUUAGCAAGGAAAACUGGAGCCGCAACGCUAACCACACCAGCCCAGAAGUGGAAUUUUGGGAGAGACGGACUCUGGGUCUCACAGAUGGCAUUGAUGACCUUGGAUCUAUCCAGUGGGAGCUUGCUCUGUGUCUUCUGCUAGGCUGGAUCAUCUGUUACUUCUGUAUCUGGAAAGGAGUUCAAUCCACUGGAAAAGUGGUAUAUUUCACUUCCACAUUUCCCUAUGUGAUGCUCAUCAUCCUGCUGGUUCGUGGUGUGACCCUUCCUGGGGCAUACGAUGGAAUUAUGUUCUACUUACAACCAGACACUUCUCGGUUAAAAGACCCCCAGGUGUGGAUAGAUGCUGGUACACAGAUAUUUUAUUCCUAUGCUAUUACUAUGGGGUUCACCAUUGGUAUUGGUAGCUACAACUCCUAUAAUUACAACUGCUAUAGGGAUUGCAUUUUUUUGUGCUUAUUGGACAGCAUCACCAGCUUCUUGGGAGGAUUUGCUAUUUUCUCAGUAUUGGGGUUCAUGGCACAAGAGCAGGGAGUCCCAAUAUCUGAAGUUGCUGAGUCUGGACCUGGUCUGGCCUUUAUCGUCUAUCCCAAGGCUGUGUCCAUGAUGCCAGUGUCCCAGCUCUGGUCCUGCCUCUUUUUUAUCAUGCUGAUUCUCCUUGGGCUGGACAGUCAGUUCAUUUAUGUUGAGGCUCUCUGCUUGUCCAUCAUUGAUAUGUACCCCACAGUCCUGCGCAGGGGAUAUAGACGGGAGAUACUCAUCCUAAUUAUUUCUAUAAUGUGUUUCCUAUUUGGUCUGCUCAUGGUUGCUCAGGGAGGGAUAUAUGUAUUCCAGCUCUUUGACUACUUUGCUUCCAGUGGCAUCUGCCUUCUUUUUGUUGGCAUAUCUGAAUGUGUUUGCAUAGGAUGGGUGUAUGGGGCAAAUCGCUUCUAUGACAACAUCGAGGAUAUGAUUGGGUAUCGCCCAUGGCCGAUAAUGAAGAUAUGCUGGGUGGCCGUGACCCCGGCGGUAUGCUUGGCAACAUUCCUCUUCUCAGUAAUCAAAUACAUUCCCUUGAGGUACAAUAACGUCUAUCUAUACCCACCGUGGGGUUACGCCAUCGGUUGGCUCAUGUCCAUCUCGUCCAUGAUCUGUAUCCCUCUAUAUGCAAUCUAUAUAGUCCUCAGGACUCAAGGAUCUCUGAUGGAGAGACUACGUCAAGUUGUCACCCCAGCAAAGGAUCUUCCUCAGCCCGAAGCAUGUUCCCAUGUGCCGAGUAAAUGUUUCCAUGUGUUCAAGGCCUGGUGUUCCAACUGUAUGAGACAGACACCUGUGUCAUAUGAUGUUAGCUGUGAGACACCCACAAAGAUCACUCACCUAUAAUUUUCUGGGAAACAUAAGGAGUUGGAGAAGUUAAUCUUCUUGCAAGACAGGAUAAUACAGCGUGCAGCUAUAUUCCUAGUGCUCCAUUACUUGGAAAAAUGUGUCCAAAACUCCUUCUAGGGAAUGCUUAAAAGGGUUGUCCAGUUGCAACAAGAAAAAAACGUACAGUUGUCAUUGAC